CUGCUUCUGUCUCUGACCUGUCUUCCCGACGGCGCUCCCUCCGAGGACGACCAGCUUGAUGACUUUGUUGGGGGCGCAGUCCGGGAGGGGCCCCUCGGGGAUCGGGACCAGAAGGAAGCCCCCCGGGAACUGGGACAUACUCGGCCGGGAGGAGAAGGAGAAGAAGGGCAAGGAAGAGGGAAUGGGAAGGAAAGAGAGAGAGAGAGAGAGGGAAAGAAGGGAAUGGACGGAAAGAGAGAAAGAAAAGAAAAAGGGAGGAAGAAAAGACCCCAAGCUCUCCUCUUCCCAGCGGCCGGGGGCUUUCAAGGGCUGCUCCUCGGCAUUUCGGGAGAGGAACAACCGGAGCCCCGCCAGAGAGAGAGAGGGGCAGGAGAGGGAUGCCGCCGCCGGAGGGUCGGCAGUCUGCUCCGGAGCGAAAGCGGACUCUGUCCUGGCCGCCUCCCGGGGGGCUCCUCCGCCAAUCGGGAGCCCCAAGAGGAGGAGGGCCUUCUGGCUGCGGGACAGCGGCCAGGCCAGGCCCCUUGUUCCAAAGGGCGCUCCUCCCUUCCUCCCUCCCGGCUUCUGGGUCGCAAGCCCUGGGAGACCAAGCCCAGAGCAAGAGAGGGGGCUUUUCUCUGGAGGGGGGCGGAGGCCGGCCCUUCAGGGUUUAAGACGCCUCCUCUCCCCCCGAAGAGCAAAACCAGAGCCCUCGGUGGCAGCAGGUCCCAGAGUCUGCAGACUCUCAUCCCACCAGAUAAAGCAAGAAGACUUGGCGCCAAUGCCUCCGCUUUGGAGAAAGAGAUUGGUCCGGAACAGUUUCCCGUAAACGAACAUUACUUUGGCUUGGUUAAUUUCGGCAAUACCUGCUACUGCAACUCGGUCCUCCAGGCACUUUACUUUUGCCGCCCGUUCCGGGAAAAGGUUUUGGCCUACAAGGUCCAGCCCCGCAAGAAGGAAAGCCUUCUGACGUGCCUCUCGGACCUCUUCAACAGCAUCGCCACGCAAAAGAAGAAAGUGGGGGUCAUCCCCCCAAAAAAGUUUAUUUCCCGGUUGAGGAAAGAAAAUGAACUGUUUGACAAUUACAUGCAGCAGGAUGCGCACGAAUUCCUCAACUACCUGCUGAACACCAUUGCUGACCUGCUGCAGGAGGAGAAGAAACAGGAGAAGCAGAACGGCAAGCUCCAGAAUGGAAGCGUCGAGAGCGACGAAGGGGAGAAGAACGACCUCACGUGGGUUCACGAAAUCUUCCAGGGGACCCUGACCAAUGAAACCCGGUGUCUUAACUGUGAAGCUGUUAGCAGCAAAGAUGAGGACUUUCUGGACCUAUCCGUUGACGUGGAACAAAACACAUCAAUAACACACUGUUUGAGGGGGUUCAGUAACACCGAGACUCUGUGCAGUGAAUACAAAUACUACUGUGAGCAAUGCCGCAGUAAGCAGGAAGCACAAAAGAGGAUGCGCGUGAAAAAGUUGCCCAUGAUUCUUGCUCUCCACUUGAAAAGAUUCAAAUAUAUGGACCAGUUGCAUCGAUAUACCAAACUCUCCUAUCGGGUUGUCUUUCCAUUGGAGCUUCGACUCUUCAACACGUCAGGGGAUGCCACAAACCCAGACAGAAUGUACGAUCUCGUGGCUGUUGUGGUACAUUGUGGCAGUGGUCCAAACCGUGGGCAUUAUAUCACCAUUGUGAAGAGCCAUGGGUUUUGGUUGCUGUUUGACGAUGACAUUGUAGAGAAAAUCGAUGCUCAAGCAAUUGAAGAAUUUUAUGGGCUAACAUCAGACAUUUCCAAAAACUCAGAAUCUGGAUAUAUCCUCUUUUACCAGUCAAGAGACUAAGAUGGGACAUUUUCAAACAACUUCCGUGCAUACAAAAGAAGGGAUCAAGUCUGUGCCCAGACUGGACAGCUUAGUGCUUGUAAAAUCAAAUUCUCAUCAUUGCUUUAGGACCACAGGAGAUCAACAGGAAACUAUCUGGGCCAUUUCCUUCCAAGAGGAGGCCUGACUGCCAUUAACAAGGAUGCAAUGCGCUCUGAAUUUCUUUCUGGGCUCUUUUAUACACGCUAACUUCCAAAAGCUGUCUUACCUCUCUGCUUGAAACCGGGCUUCUUAAUUGCUCAAGAACCAAGGAAGAGGCAGCAUUGUAGAACUUAUACACAACGCAAUGAAAGCCCCAGGCUUUCCUUUGGUUUCUGAUUAUUGUCAUUUUUCAGUGUUCUAGCAGAAUGAUUUAAAACUUUCCCCGUCGGUCUUAGGACACGAAUGGGAGAAGUUGCUGAUUGGUUUGGAUGGCUCGGGACAUCUGGCUUGGUACUGGGUCAAGUUGUACGCUUUGUAAUUUUGCAUAUGGAGAAAAGAGAAAUGGCCAGAAUUCUGCACAGGCUAUUUAGUGAUAUAUGUAUAACUAAGGAUGCAUCGACACUGUAGAAAUAAUGUCGUUUGAUACCACAUUAAGUGCUGUAGUGCCAUCCUAUGCAGCUUUGCCUUCUCAUCCAAAGAGUGCAGGUGCCUCACAAAACGACAAAUCCCAGGAUUCUGUAGCCAUGGCAGUUAAAGUGGUAUCAAACUGCAUUAUCUCUACAGAUGUAAUUGCACCUUAAGUAUCACCUCUCAGCCUGAGCCUCUGAAACCUCCUUUCCUGGGCAUCAGCUGCACCAAGAGAGGGAGGUCUGUUCUGUUGGCGAUCAAUGUGUGGAUGGAUGACGUUUUCACUGCCCUUCUGCCAGUGAGUGAGGUUGUGACAUAGAAGUGUGUCAAGGGUCUGAUUCUGGUUAGUGCAGACUCACUUGCUGUUGGAAGUGGGGUGGAAAUGUCAGCUACUCGCACCCCGAUUUCCACCAGAGCAGACCUCUCUUUUCCCUUCUCUGGGUGCAACUGAUGCCUAGUAAAAUAGGCUUGAGGAGAGGGCCAUUAAAAUGGUGGCGAUAGUGCCAUGAUCAUGACUACGUAGGGAUCAUGAAGAGGGAGCAUUCAUGGAUGUGUAACUCCAGGUUAUACGUUACGUCCAAAAGUGUGAUACAGAACUCCCACCAAUAAGUAUGUUUUUCUACAGCAUUCUGAAUUUCCUCAAACGCGUCUUCUCCCCUCCUCACUGUCUCUGUCUCUUCCUCCCAAAUAGCCUUGAUAGUCAUUUUUGUACAUUUUAUCAUCUAUUAUUACUUCUUUUGAGGGCUCUUAGUUUUUGGAAAGAGGAUUAACUUAGAACCAUGACUCUGCAAGAGAUCACAGAAGGAGAGGAGAGCCUUAGGAGUCAUGUUCAGCCUCAAAGCAGAAGUUGCCGUAUUUCCGGAGCUGUUAUAUAAGCCAAAAGUGCCCUCUACUGAAACAGGAUCUGUUUCUAGUGUUCAUUUCGUUGCAUAUUAAAAUCCGGCACGCACAUGCACUCACACAGUUUUAGGAACAGAUCUCCCCGCUAUAAAAUGCACAUGAAGCAAAAUGAACUUGAAGCAAAAUAGAUUAGGAGGGUUAAUGGAUGUGUACGUUUCCUCCCCCUGCUCUUGGAAACAAAGGGGAGCGAAAGAGAAACCUUUUAUGUUAAGACAUACAGAUGCUUUUGGAACCUGUUAAACUGCUUCCCCAUAGAAUUACUGCCUAUUUUCUAUGUCCCCCAAGAGCAAAAUAGGGUUGUCUUGUGAAAGACUACAUAGAGUCUACUUACCAGUAUUAUAUACUGUAACAGCAAGGGAUUAAUAGAAAAUCUAUGCGCAAUGGAGAAGGCUGCACAGGUAUUGUUUCACUUCCUCAAAAAUGGUUUUUAGUUGUGUCACAGCUAUCUCCAUCUGUUGGGUAAGGAAGAGCAGGAGCAACUUGGGAGUAUUGAGACAUAGGAAUGGAAAUGGAAACCUGGUUUUCCAUGUGAUGAUAACACUAACUCUGUCUCAGCUUUAUCCUAAGCUGACCCAUCUAAUCUGCAAUGGCAACCACCAAAAAAAUCUAUUAAAUGCAAUUCCAUAAUUUGUGCUCUCUUUCUUACCAAGACAUUGAACUUGUCCUCCUAUUCUUUGCCUUUCUACAGCAGUGAUGAGCAUCACCUUGCUAUUGUCCUCUAUAGCCUUCAUUAAUAAUCCAGUCUAUAUUUUUUUAAAUCCUAGCGUUUCCAAAACUGGGUUGAAGUUAGCAUUUCACAACUCGACUACUUCAGGAAGAAAACUGCUUUUCUUCCCCAGUUAAAAGAUAAUGUCUAAUAUGCAAAAGUAAUUGCUUCUUCAGGGGUUGUCACACCUAAUAAAAUAACCAUUGAGAACAGAUAGAAGACAGUACAUUGUGAGUGAAUUUUCCCUCUUUGAUAGAAGGAAAGCCACUUUAACCUGUUAUCAGCCAUCUUGUAGUCUUGGGCGACUUGCAAAGGAAGGCAGCAAAAGUAACACAAGAGAACACUAAGCUUGUAUUUUGUAUAUUUGGUGAUAAUGUUUUUACAAAUAGAAUACCUGACUUGAGAAAGAGAGGAAGAGAGAAACUAUAGAAAGAUAUAUGCUAUAGAUUAAAAGUGCACUUUUGCUACAGAUUUAUAAGGGAAUAAAAUUGGAAGUGAGUAGUAUGGCAUUACUUCUGUAUAAUAAAUGACCCCCCAGAUGUCUCCAAUAAAGGUCAAGUAUGGUGAAACGGC